AUGGAGGAAAGAAAACGGAUAGGAGAGACAAGGCUAAGGGAUAAAGGAAGAAAUUACAAUGGAGGAAAGAAAUGGAUAGGAGAGACAAGGCUAAGGGAUAAAGGAAGAAAUUACAAUGGAGGAAAGAAAUGGAUAGGAGAGACAAGGCUAAGGGAUAAAGGAAGAAAUUACAAUGGAGGAAAGAAAUGGAUAGGAGAGACAAGGCUAAGGGAUAAAGGAAGAAAUUACAAUGGAGGAAAGAAAUGGAUAGGAGAGACCAGGCUAAGGGAUAAAGGAAGAAAUUACAAUGGAGGAAAGAAAUGGAUAGGAGAGACAAGGCUAAGGGAUAAAGGAAGAAAUUACAAUGGAGGAAAGAAAUGGAUAGGAGAGACAAGGCUAAGGGAUAAGGAAGAAAUUACAAUGGAGGGAAAGAAAUGGAUAGGAGAGACAAGGCUAAGGGAUAAAGGAAGAAAUUACAAUGGAGGAAAGAAAUGGAUAGGAGAGACAAGGCUAAGGGAUAAAGGAAGAAAUUACAAUGGAGGAAAGAAAUGGAUAGGAGAGACAAGGCUAAGGGAUAAAGGAAGAAAUUACAAUGGAGGAAAGAAAUGGAUAGGAGAGACAAGGCUAAGGGAUAAAGGAAGAAAUUACAAUGGAGGAAAGAAAACGGAUAGGAGAGACAAGGCUAAGGGAUAA